AUGUCCACACCUUCAUCCAGUGAUGAGAUUGCAAAGAAAGCUCCCGAGAGCGUCUCGAAAUCCGUUGGAAAUACCAGCCUUGUCGACCCCUCGGAUGCGCUAAGUUUUCCCGAAGGUGGUUUCACCGCUUGGGGCACAGUGCUGGGCGCUGUGUUGAUUCAAUUCUGUGGCUUUGGACAUGGCAACGCUUACGGUGUCUUCCAGGGCAAACUUUUAUGCUCAAACAUACCUAACCAAUUCCACACCAUCUGCAAUCGCGUCAGAAGUGUUAAUGCGUUCUUGGCAUUAUCAGUUGGCAUCGUAUCAGGAAGGAUGGUCGACCGAGGCGCAUUUUACCCUGUGAUGAAAAUCGGCUAUCUCCUCCCAAUGCUCCUUCCUCUUUAUAUUGUCCCUGGCGAAACCAGAUCAAUAUUCCUUUCCCAAGGCAUCGGUUUUAGUAUUGCAAUAGGCCUUACGAAUGUUCCCUCCUUCGCUGUAGUAUCGCAUCACUUCCAGCGACGCAGGGCUUUUGAGAUGGGAAUUGUCGCCACGGGGAGCUCUCUGGGUGCAAUCUCGCACCCCGUCAUGCUCAAUAAUCUUACCAAUGGAAGACUCGGCUUUGCAAAUGGUGUCUGUGCAAGUGCGGUCCUGAGUGGUGGCUUGCUUUUCAUCCGCAAUAAACGAAAUUGUUGGGACGUGGCGCUUUGCGAGCUGUCCUGGGGAAUAGCGUACCGGAAAAGAUAG